GCGCGUGAUCGUGUUUACAUGUGUCACUUGUUGCUGAUGUGUCGAAUGACAUUACAAGAACGGUUUUAAAACACAAUAUAAAGUCUAACAAAAAUGGCGGCAUCAACAGCACCAAGUGGCCAAGGGUCAUCUGCACCGAAUUCUGUGGAAUCUAUCUUUGAGAGCAUGGAAUACGGACCAAAUCCGAAGCACCGAGUGCUGCUCAGCAAUGCAUGGCUUGAAAGUCACGACCGAAAACUCGGCCACUUCAUCAACAACAAGUGGGUGCGGCCGGAGAACCGCAAGACCUACACCACCCGUGGACCUGCGGCAGGUGAACCUCUGGCAACCACCGUCCAAGGGGAGGAAGAGGAUGUUGAGCUGGCCGUAAGCUCAGCAGAGAAGGCCUACGAGUCGUGGAGUAAGCUUCCGUGCCAUGUUAGGGCAAGGCACAUUUAUAGCAUUGCACGUCAUGUCCAGAAGCAUCAUCGUCUGAUCGCCGUGGUAGAGGCCCUUGACAACGGCAAGCCCAUCAGAGAGACACGUGAUGCAGAUAUCCCGAUUGUUAUCCGCCACCUCUACCAUCACGCCGGAUGGGCGGAGCUUAUGGACACGGAGAUGGCCAACUGGAAACCAGUUGGUGUGGUUGGUGCCAUUGUCCCCUGGAACUUCCCCCUCAUGCUCCUCAUCUGGAAGGUGUGCCCCGCCCUUGCCAUGGGUAACACGGUGGUCCUCAAGCCGGCUACCUACACCCGUCUCAGCGCCCUCCUCUUCGCCCAGAUCUGCGCCGAGGCUGGUCUACCCCCCGGUGUUCUCAACAUCGUGACGGGCAACGGAGCCUUCGGGAGCAAGCUGGCCCUGCACCCACGGGUCGAUAAAGUGGCCUUCACCGGAUCCACAGAGGUCGGUCAGAUCUUGAGAAGGGCUACUGCUGGAACAGGCAAGAAGCUGUCCUUGGAGCUCGGAGGGAAAUCCCCCUUUGUCGUCUUUGAGUCAGCUGACCUUGACUCGGCUGUAGAGGGCAUCGUCGAUGCUAUCUGGUUCAACCAAGGCCAGGUAUGCAGUGCAGGUUCGAGGCUCAUCGUCCAGGAGACGGUCAUGUCCAAGAUGGUGGCCAAACUGCGGGAGCGUCUCAUGCACCUCCGAGUGGGGGACUCCCUGGAUAAAUCGGUAGACAUGGGUGCGAUGGUGGACCCCUCCCAUCUGAAGACGGUGACGGAGUAUGUGGAGGAUGCGAGGAGAGAAGGAGCAGAGAUCAUUCAAAACCCUGACUGUGUACCUAAGAAAGGUUGUUUCUACCCACCGACGCUCAUCACCAACGUCCAGACAUCGUCCAGAGUGGUCAUGGAGGAAAUCUUUGGACCUGUCCUUGUCGUCCUGCCCUUCCGCACUGCCAAGGAGGCUGUUGCCCUUGCCAACAACUCCAACUAUGGUCUAGCCGGCAGCGUCUGGACCGAGAACGUUAGUCUUGGUCUAGAGGUGGCUCUGAGCAUCAAGGCUGGGGCCAUCUGGAUCAAUGCUCAUAAUAUGUUUGACGCAGCGGCUGGAUUCGGAGGCUACAGGCACAGCGGUUAUGGGAGAGACGGAGGAAAAGAGGGUCUGUAUGAAUACGUAGUCCCUUCAUGGAUGGAAAAGAAGAAGCCUGGUAAUGUCGACAUGGAACUCAAACUGUUCGGCAGCCACGUACCCAACAUUCCCACCAACAACCCGCCAGCGCCAUCUACAGUUCAAGUCGACGGCUUCUCCAUGCCGAGCAUCGACCGCACCUACAAGCUCUACUACGGUGGAGCUCAGAAGAGGCCCGACGGCAUGUACUCCAGGCCCGUCAUGGAUGCGGAGAAACAGGUAGUGGCGCUGGUUGCCGACGGCAACAGGAAGGACGUGAGGAACGCUGUGGAAGCAGCACACAAAGCUGCACCAGGAUGGGGCAAGCGAGCAGCCCACAACCGAGCCCAGAUUGUCUACUACAUGGCGGAGAAUCUAGAGCAGAGGAGAGACGAGGUAGCACAGGGCAUCGCCAAGCUGACAGGCCGAGACAUGAAGAGUGCCCUGAACGAGGUCGAUCUGUCCAUUCAGAGGCUCUUCUAUUGGGGCGCGUAUGCAGACAAGUAUGGUGGAACUGUUCAGGAAACCACACUCUACGGAGCAACGGUGAAGAUCCACGAACCCGUCGGUGUCGUCGGAAUCAUCUGCCCCGAGGAGAGCCCUCUAUUGGGCUUUGUCUCCCUCUUUGCCCCGGCUGUGGUCAGGGGCAACGUGGUGAUAGCCGUGCCUAGUGAGAAGUAUCCACUUCCAGCUCUCGGCUUCUACCAGGUCUUUGAAACAUCAGACCUACCGGGAGGCGUGGUCAACAUCCUAACGGGAGACAGCAGUCACCUGACCAAGUACCUCUCCGAGCACCAGGACGUCCAGGCCAUGUGGUACUUCGGGUCGCCCGAGGGGUCAAAGUUCGUGGAGCACACGUCAGCAGAGAACCUCAAGAGGACGUGGGUCAACUAUGGGGCGAGCAGGGAAUGGUCGGACAGAGCCCAGGGUCAAGGGGAGGAGUUCCUCUACCACUCUGUGGAGGUCAAGAACAUCUGGAUACCUAUGGGAGACAUCUACGCAAAUUAGAUGGCUUAGGUUUCUUCCCUGUUCUCUUCUAUCUUCUAUUUUGCUACUUCCUCUUUCGUAUCUCUC